UCAUUUUAUCCCAGUUCGUCAUGUUUUGUUCCUAAUCACACUAAUCAGCUUGAACCGUUUACCAGUUGCUGUUUUUGAUUGUUGUGUGUUCAUAAAACUGAUGCUAGUGAGUGUAGGCUCUGCUUUUGGUAUAUAAUACAUAUAUUUUUUUCCACUAUUAUAAUUUUAAAAUGCACGGCAAGUUGUUAAUAUUUUUCAUUUUCUGUACAACAGUCGCAACCGCAAAAAAAUUGCCAGUUACACUUUAUUAUGAAUCAUUAUGUCCUGACAGUGUGAGAUUUGUUACAAAACAAUUGCACCCCACCUUCAAAGAUGCAGGAAAGUAUUUAGAUCUCGAUUUAGUGCCAUUUGGAUUUGCUACGGCUGACAAUUCAUCAGGUCACUGGGAAUUCAUCUGCCAACAUGGCGCUGUGGAAUGUUACAACAAUAAAGUCCAUUCGUGUGUUAUCGCACAUAACUCAAUUGCAGCCAGCGUUGAAUUUAUUUAUUGCGCUAUGAAAUCAAAACCUUCAAAUGAAACAUUAACAUUGUGUGCUAAUUUAACGAACAUAUCAUGGGAAUCCAUCGAAAGUUGUUUGUCGUCUGGUGAAGCUGAUAUUUUGUUGGUGGAAAAUGGAAGAAAGACGAAUAUGGUGAUACCCAGCAUUUCAUACAUUCCAACUAUAAUAUUCAAUGGAAUUUACAACAAAGCAUUGCAAGUAGAAGCUGAACACAAUUUUCUAAAAGUGAUAUGUCUAUUGCUGAAAAAUAAGCCUGAUAUUUGUAAAUAUCUUGGGAUUAUACAAAACCUAAUCAUUUAAUGUGUAAAUGAAUGUGCAAUACGUAUACCUACCUAGUAUAACUGAAAAAAAGUAUAUCUAAUUUACUUGUGUAAAAAUGUAUAACUACUAUUAUAUAAGCAUAUGUGGUCAUUUAUAUCCACUUCUAUUACAAAAUACAUGCUGCAGUAAUGCUU